ACAAAAAAAAACGCUGCGAAGAAAACAAACAACGAAACAGGUACAACUCGGCAAAAGUAUCUUCACGAAACUUUACACAAAUUUUACACACGCAACCAAUCAUUGCACACCGUUUUGCGAAAUUGGCGAUUGCGAAUAAGCAUUGUGUGCAGAGUUUGACUGAGUCUGCGUGUGGUUUCUGUUUCCGCUCUCCUACAACAGUUGCAGUAUCUUUGCACCGAUCGAAGUAAGCUGCGGACCGGAUUUCGAACGGCUGCUUGGAUUAAACACAUAAGAUAAGAAGAUACAUUGCGAUAAAAGAACCAGGAGCAGAAAUCCGGUCACUAGAACGGAGGGAACAGCGCCAUCACCAUGAGCAGAAAAAAUGAAACGGAACGGCAGAAGCAGAUACAGGAAAAGUGUCAAAUGCUGCUAACGAAGAUGCUGCGGGACGAUGACAACAAGUACUGUGUCGACUGUGAUGCGAAGGGACCACGCUGGGCGUCUUGGAAUUUGGGCGUUUUCCUUUGCAUACGCUGUGCCGGCAUCCAUCGUAAUUUGGGCGUGCACAUUAGCCGGGUAAAGUCGGUUAACCUGGACAGCUGGACACCGGAACAGGUGGUAUCACUCGAACAAAUGGGCAACUCGCGGGCCCGUGCCGUAUACGAAGCGAUGAUACCGGACGGCUUCCGGCGCCCCCAAACCGAUUCCGCACUCGAGAGCUUCAUCCGCGCGAAGUACGAACACAAGAAGUAUCUUGCCCGCGAAUGGGUGCCGCCGCCCGCACCGAAAGUCGACUGGGACCGUGAAAUCGACGAAGAGAUCGAACGGCAAAAGCGCAAGAAAAAGGCUUCCGCUUCCGGGGGCGGUGGUGGUGGUAUCGGGUCGGUCAGCGGAUCGCUGUCGCUUUCGUCACCCGCCGACAAGAAGGUGCACGGUUCCACCGGUGCGUCCCCAUCGUCGACCGGUUCCUCGUCGGGUGCCGCUGUGCCAAAGCUGAAAGCACCUGCCAGCAGUAUGAAAGCGUCCAGCCGGACCUCGGUUGUGUCGCUGAACAGUUCCACGUCCUCCGUAACCUCGGACGCAGCAGCAGCCACUGCCACCCUGGCGAACAGCAGUGGGUCGGGGAAUGUGGUCGGUGGUAACACAAGCGCCGGCACCGAUCUGUUAGGACUUUCGCUCGGCGAGGGCAGCAUAGCGAUGAAUCACGGUGGCGUUGGUGGUAGCAAACCGGCCAACGGACUAUCGACCGGUAGCAAUGGGAUGGAUUUGCUCGAGCGGAAAAGCAACGAAACGGACGAUUUGGCAAAGGUGGAAGCGGAUUUUUUCAACCAAUCCGGCACGGCCGGCAGUGGUACGGAUGCGAGCGGUAAGCUUACGAAGGACAAAAUUAUGGCUCUGUAUGGUGCGGCACCGAGUACGGUGCCACCGGUCGGUGCCGGUGGGUUCGGUGCGCCAGGUUUCGGUGGAUUCCAGCCGGCCGGCAGUACAUUACCGCCUGCCGCAAAUGCACCGGCCGCCACCCUACCGUUCAACGGUGCUGGCGGUGGGGGCAUGAUGCCAGCGAACGCGUUCGGUGCAUUCCAAACGUUCCCGGGGCUGAACGGUGCCCCCGGGCAGCAGUAUCCCAUGAUGGGUGGUGGUGUGGCACCGGUUGCGGGCGGUGUUCCACCGCAGCUGGUGUACAAUAAUGGUGCCCCGAACAUGAUGCCGGCCGGUGGCGCCAUGUUCAACGCACCGGGUGCUGCCGGCGGUGUUCCGCCCGGUAUGGUUCCCUCCCCGUACGGAGCGACGAUGCCACAGUACGGUGCCGGGUUCCCGCCGAUGGUAGGCAUUCCACCGCAGCACGGACAAGCAAUGCCCGCGACAGCAGCGUUCGCCAGCUUUCCUAAGACCGUCCCCCAUCAGCAGCAGCAGCAGCAGCAGCAGGACAAGCUAAGCAAUCAGUUCGGUACGAUGAAUCUGCGGGAUGUGUGGCAAUAGAGGAAAAGGACCUGCCUGGGGCCGAGUAACUUAUAUCCUUAGAUCCACACCAUCAUCGUCACGUUUUUUUCCCGUCCGGCCAAAACAAAAAACGAAAAAACAACCCCCCCCCUAUCCGAUGCAAGAACCGGAACGUAGAAACUACGACUAAAACAACCUAUCCGAGAGCGGGGCGUAAAAAAAAGGGGGCAGGGGGGAAGUUAGCUGUAGCGAGGAAUAGUAGGGCAAUUACUUAUUUAGCUAAACGAAACAAAAGAGGAAAACACUCUACUAACUACUAGGUAUCACAAGUACACACCUGUUCCUAUGGGUGUACGGCCGAAUCGCGGUACGGCGGUGGGUAUGCGUUCCUAUGGCAACGGCGCGCGAAUCGUUUGCACCCGGUACCGCGAUUCGUCCGAACAGGUGUUGGUAAUUGGUAGGAUAGAUUUUUUCUACCGGGAGUGACCGCGGCGCUCAGCCAUCCUGCAGGCGCCUCCGGCCGUAUCUGGCGCAGUUAGUUAGACUGGCAGUGAGCUGGGAUGGGAUGAGUUAGAUGAAACACACAAUAUAUCUACUGUAUAAUGUAUAGGAUUACGAACGAUCAGGAAGGACAAAACGGGGAAGGAGCGGGAAGAAGAAGACAAGAAAACACAGGGACAAGAACCGAUUAUAAUAGGAUUCCUAUUUUCCUUUCCUUGGUGGGUUUUGGUUUUUGCAUCGGUUUGCUACACUGCUAAUGAAUGGAAGAGUAUAUAGAGAUAUAUAGUAUUAUGGUAUUAUUACUACACAUCGCAGUUGGCUGUGUGUGUGCGUGUGUGGUCAGGUGCGUUUCACUGUAGUAGAUAAACGACUAAUGACUGACCGAUUUCCCCCGUCAGUUUAAUAACUCUAAUCCAAUGUGCAAAACGGAGGGGAAUCGUUUAAAGCAAAACCACUAACAACUGCAAUCGUAAUCGUCUACACAAACGAGACACGCACGAGAGAGAAAAGGGAGAGUUAGGAGGAAGAAGGAAGCGAUAAAUCCCGUAUUAGGUGUGUAUGUGUAUAAGUUUUA